AGCUUGUGCUUUACUAAAAAUAGAUGGUACAUUUCCAGAAUUAAGUAAAAUUUCUUUUUGAAUAAUAUUAGUGCCAUUGUUAAGACAAAAUGAUAGCAGAGGUCAUUGCUAGGCUUGAAGAAAUUGUUAAGUACCUAAAACCAUUGUUACCACUUGCGAACUGUCACAUGGUGAACUUCAUCACUAAUGGGAUGUGGGAAAUUUAUGUACCUGAUGCUAUAAAGAAAGAAUUUUCAUCUGUAAAACCAGAAGUCUUUAAUACGAUUUUCCUGCACUAUGCAAAAGAGAUUUCUAUGGAUAAAAUAAAGGGAGAACUUGAAAGUGUCCCAAACUUUGCAAAUUUUCUUGAGAGUGCAAGGAAUAUGUGUCUUCGUGGGAUUUCAGCACAAGGAAUAGUUGUGUCACUAUCAGACCUGCAAGCAAAACUAGCUGCAUGGGGCUAUGAGUACCAGGAAAGUCUACACUUAGAACAGUUCAUGACUCUGAAAAAGGUACAUGAAGUUGAAAUUAUGAGUCAGAUGGUGGCUGCUUUAGCUUGUAUAUCUCAUGCCUCUCAUGUGGUUGAUGUUGGUGGUGGAAAGGGCUAUCUCAGUUCUCUUCUGGCAUUGCAUUAUGGACUUAGAGUUCUUGGAGUUGACUCUUCACAUGUUAAUACACAUGGUGCAGCCAAGAGGACUCAGAAGCUAGAGAAAAGAUGGAAUGGUUUAUGCCAAAGGACCAACAUACUUAAGCAAGGUGAUGUUCCACCAUGCAAGGGGAAACACCGGAAGCCCCACAAUAAUGCAAACAGCACUAAGGGCUGUGAAUGUACUGGUGCUGAAGCUGAUAUCAACUGUAGACUCCAGUCUGAAAGCAGUGCUUUGUAUAAACAGGUUACAAUGUUUGUAACACAACAGACAGACCUCUGCAGCUUGGUUAAGGACCACUUUAACUCUGAUAGGUGUGAGCACCUAUCUAUUACUGGAUUACAUACAUGUGGAGAUCUAGCUCCAGCAUGUUUACGGAUAUUUGCCAAUAAGGAGGAGUGUGGUUCAGUGAGCAAUGUUGGUUGCUGUUAUCAUCUCAUGGAAGAGGAAUAUGUUCGCAGUCCAUUUUGGACUGAUACAAAUCCUCCAUUACCUACAGGAGUACAACCUGGAUUCCCAGUGAGCAAGUGCUUGCAUAUGCAGGAGUUCUCCUUGGGUCGUAAUGCAAGAAUGCUAGCUGCACAUUCUCUGGACAGGAUAGGAGAAUACCAUGAGUUGUCAAGUGAAUCAUUGUUCUUCCGAGCAUUACUGCAGGUUCUGCUGCUCAAAAAGUGUGGUAAUGAUAUUCCUUGGGGUCAGGUUGGUCGACUUAAAUACCACAACUUUGUGGACUAUGUACAAAAAGCUGUGAAGAAAUUAUGUCUCAGUAUCGAAGUGAGUACAGAUGAAAUUGUGUCACUUUACAAGACACAUUCUGUUGAACAGCAGCAGUUGCAUGUCUUUUUUCUUCUGAGAGUUGCUCUAGCUCCUGUUAUUGAAGCAGUUAUUCUGUUGGAUCGCCUUCUUUAUUUGCUUGAACAGGGCAUCCAAGACUCCUAUUUGGUACAGUUAUUUGAUCCAGUUAUAUCUCCUCGGUGUUACUGCAUAGUUUCAUUGAAGAAUUAUCCUGGGAAAGGAACAGAUUGAGAGUUUUAUAUGGGUAAUGAUUUCUGAUCUUUUGUAUGUACAUUGUUUUAUUCAGUUACAAGCCUGAAAUUUAUAUUCUUCUCAUUUUGUCAAUAAAGUAUGUAAGUAAUUUUAA